CCAAUGUUCACCAAUGCUCAGUGUACCAGCAUGGCAUAUCAAGCACUGGCUUACAAAAUGGUGUGCGGACAACCGGAUACCUGGAAUUACCAUGAUAUUGAUGCAAUUCUUCAACAAGGUCACAUUCUACACUGUUAUUUCCGGGAUGACUUAAAACUAAGUAACAAUGUGGAUAAUAGAAUAGCACUUUAUGAGUUACCACACUCUCAUGAAGUUGGCGUUUUCCCAUCAAGCAUUACUGGACCUUCAUCGAUCGUCUCUGCACAGAAUGUUCAAAUGACCGUUGCUUACGAUAUCGACGGUAUAUACGAGUAUGAAAGUCGAGAAAUCGCAGCUAGUUUCGACAAUGUAGUCACCGAAUUCCCAGUCUUCAUAUCAAAAACAUUUUCUACUGAUAAUGUCGAAGCUAUAAACAUGAUUUUAACAGUGGGAGCAUUUUCCAUGGCAAUAUGGAGGCAAAGUAAUGAGAAUACAAUUUGGCUUUUUGAUAGCCAUAGAAGAGAUCCGACUGGUCUGGUUCAUGCUGUUUCUAUAUUGGAAACGGACUCCUUCGACAAUGGUGCUGCACUGGCUCGAUCGUUUGAUAAUGCCAAUGGAUUACUGGAGCACAUAACAGAAAUCUAUGGGAAGAACUUCUACUAUAAUGCCAGAUUAUUUAACCUUGAUAUGGGCAAUUCUGACAGUGUCCCUGCAGCCGGAAAUAAAUCAGACGAGGCGCAGGACAACAAGGAAGAUUCCCAGGAUGACAUCACUGACACACCAUUGGACGAAGAGAAAUAUCCUCCUUGAAGCAACAUGGGCUUUUGUUGAGUGGUCAGGCGAUGAAGAUGGAUUAGUCUGCCGGAAAAUACAUCCUUCAGAUACUCUUCAGCAUGGUUGGUAGCAAGCAAAUGUAAAUACUGACAUCCUGUGCCUGCUUUCCUUUCAUUUGUGAGGCCCUGUAGAUACUGCCAUCCUGUGCCUGCAUUCCAUUCAUUUGUGAGGCCAUGUAAAUACAGCCAUCCUGUGCCUGUUUUCCUUUAAUUUUUGAGGCCAUGUAAAUACUGCUAUCCUGUGCCUGCUCUCCUUUCAUUUAUGAGGCCAUGUAAACCCUGCCAUCCUAUGCCUGCAUCCUUUCAUUUAUGAGGCCAUUUAAAUCCUGCCAUCCUGUGCCUGCUUUCCUUUCAUUUGUGAGGCCAUGAAAAUACUGCCAUCCUGUGCCUGCAUUCCUUUCAUUUGUGAGGCCAUGAAAAUACUGCCAUCCUGUGCCUGCUUUCCUUUGAU